AGAUGAAGUGGCUAUCUGUCCUGCCCCAGCAGUGUAUUUUGCUGAUGACAUGUCUCCUAAUGGCCUUGGAAGCUGUGCCUAUAGACAUAGAUAAGACAAAAGUCAAAGGAGAAGGUCAUGUAGAAGGAGAAAAGGUAGAAAAUCCAGAUACAGGACUUUAUUAUGAUGAAUAUCUCAGGCAAGUAAUAGAUGUCUUGGAAACAGAUAAGCAUUUCAGGGAGAAACUCCAGACUGCUGACAUAGAGGAAAUAAAGAGUGGGAAGCUAAGCAGAGAGCUUGAUUUAGUAAGCCACCAUGUGAGAACACGGCUGGAUGAACUAAAAAGACAAGAGGUGGCAAGAUUAAGAAUGUUAAUUAAAGCUAAAAUGGAUUCUGUUCAAGACACUGGCAUAGACCAUCAGGCUCUUCUUAAACAGUUUGAGCACCUGAACCAUCAGAAUCCUGACACGUUCGAACCUAAAGACUUAGAUAUGUUGAUCAAAGCAGCUACAAGCGACCUGGAAAACUAUGAUAAGACCCGCCAUGAGGAGUUUAAGAAAUAUGAGAUGAUGAAAGAACACGAGAGGAGAGAGUAUUUAAAAACACUGGAUGAAGAAAAGAGACAGCGAGAAGAAUCCAAAUUUGAGGAGAUGAAGAAAAAACAUGGAGAUCACCCUAAAGUUCACCAUCCUGGAAGCAAAGAUCAACUGAAAGAGGUAUGGGAAGAAGCAGAUGGACUAGAUCCUAAUGAAUUUGACCCCAAAACAUUUUUCAAAUUACACGAUGUCAAUAAUGAUGGUUUCCUGGAUGAGCAAGAAUUAGAAGCCCUAUUUACUAAAGAGCUAGAAAAAGUUUAUGAUCCCAAAAAUGAAGAGGAUGACAUGGUUGAAAUGGAAGAAGAAAGGCUAAGAAUGAGAGAACAUGUAAUGAAUGAGGUCGACAUCAACAAGGACCGGCUAGUGACUUUGGAAGAGUUCCUGCGAGCUACAGAGAAAAAAGAAUUUUUGGAGCCAGAUAGCUGGGAGACACUAGAUCAACAGCAGCUCUUCACUGAGGACGAGCUGAAGGAAUUUGAAAGUCAUAUUUCUCAGCAGGAAGAUGAACUCAGAAAGAAGGCAGAAGAUCUUCAGAAGCAGAAGGAGGAACUACAGAGGCAGCACGACCAGCUUCAGGCUCAGAAACAAGAGCUUCAGCAGGUCGUAAAACAGAUGGAACAAAAGAAACUUCAGCAAGGAAAUCCUCCUGCAGGACCAGCUGGAGAACUGAAAUUCCAACCCCCUGGGGAACACAAAGUUGGAGAUGCUCCAAAACAUCCUGCGGGAGGUGAUCAGCCUUUACCACCAGGACACGUCCAGGAACCAGCUGCUAGAACUGAUCAAGUUCACCCUUAACCACUUGUGCCUCAACUUUAUAGCAUCUUUAUUAUUCGGGGGCGGGGCAGGAAAUCAGAGUGAAACAUGAACUCCCCACUUUAUUCCCCAGAUUGUAAAAUCAUUGGGAAUGUUAGAGAUAAAGCAUCAAUCAGAUUUGAAUCAUAAAUUAAACUAAUUUUCUCUCCAAUGCAUCAGUGAGAAACACAACAAGAGGAUCAUUUAGAGACUAUAAUGGAGGAGGGAAUUGAGGAAACUAUUAAUAGUAGAAAUUUUUAUGGCCAGGGGACUGAGCUGUUGAACUCUUCUCUUGCAAAAAGGGGGGAGAUGUCUGCCAUUCUGUGUUUAGGCAUGAAUCAGAAUCAUCUCAGAGAGGGAAGCAGGGAACUGGCCUGAAUGUCGUUAGGUCUAGUUUUAUGUAGAAGCUCUUGCCAGAAAUGCUGAGAAGCAAAGUAUGAGGAAAUGAAGAGCAUAAAGGCCUACCAUUUCCAGCACUACCAAACCCUUUCUUCUUUGAGACCAAAUAAAAGUCAAACUUAUAAACCUUAAUCACAAAAAAUUUGCACUUUCUAAAAGUCUAAACACAGCAAAGAAUUAAGUGGAACAGUGAAUAUUUUUCAUGUUUACAGAAGCCUAAGAAUUUCACUGCAAGCCUUCAAAAGGAAUAUUGUACUUCUGGUGUAUUGAUCUGAACCGUCCUCCUUGUUGAGAUUAAUUCUGUGUAGCAGUUGAAUACUCAACUGGCUUUUGGGACAGUACUUCUUGUCCCCGUUUCUUUCAUCAGGUGCCAGCUGAUCUCAAAAUUGUGCAUGUUAUUAAGCUUUUUAUGUUGAUGGAAAUAUUGUGCAAAACAGAACAAGACUCACUGUCUUUUUCUGUACAGAUUAUCCUACCUCCUAUGAUAAUACCAGAUUUUUCAAAAUGCACCAUGUGCUUCAGAAAGCUCUUCUCAGACAUAAAUCUUUGACUUGUUAAGAGUCUUACUAUUAACUCUUAUUAGUCUUUCAGCAGUUGAUGUAAGUUCAUGAAGUGUCCUAAAACAGGGGUGCUACUUGAUUGUAUUAUUUUGGUAUUGAACCAGGAUAGGUCCCUAAAUUGCAAGCCAAUAUUUUACAAGAAUAAAUUGAUUUUCCUGUGGGUUUUACUGUAAUGUUGAAAAGUUGUGUGAUUGUCCUUGCUUGUCAUUAAUUUCAGACUGAAAGUAUUCUAAAGUGUAAAUCCUGUUUGGGUUUUUUUUUUUGUUUGCUUGGGUUUUUGUAGUUGUUUUUU